CAAAGUUGAAACCAGAGACAAGUUACAACAUGCUGAGAGAUAAAACAAACUUCUUUCUUAAGGACCCUCAAAAGAAACUAGGGUCCCUCCGGCACAAUGUGAUUUCCUCCUCUUCAGUGAGAUAUACUAGUAGUCGCUCCGAGCCUACGAUGUUUCUGUGGUCCAGUAAACAACACAGAGAGCAACAAGAAAGUGAUGUAACUAUAUCCAGACGUGCAGAAUUACAGAAUUGCCACUGCACAGUAGGAGGCUAUUUGGCCCACCGUGUUUGUGCUGGUUCUCGAAAUUACAAAAAGGCAACAGGACAUGAAGCUCAGGAGAAAUGUAAAAUGGUGUCUGCCCUGAAAGCAGGAGAGGACAGGGCCAUAUUUCUGGGCCUGGGAAUGCUGGUCUGCUCGAUAGUGGUUGCAUUCCUUUUAGGAUCAAGAGUAGUCCAAUCCCGCAAGGACAGUGUUUGGACAGAAGAAUCAACAUGUACUGUCCUUGAAACCAGAAUUGCAAAUUGUAAGAAAUGCAUACACAACUGCAUAUCAAAAUGUUGGAAGCCAUCAGAGUAUCCUUGCGUGCAGAUAUAUGUCAAUCUAUCCUCAACAGGGUCAAGGGUUCUGCUACACCACACACAAGAAAGUGUACAUUUUAAUCCUGAGUGUUUCUGUGCUACAAAGUGUAGUAGGAAUCGUUCAGAAACUGAAAGGCUCAUAGCUUCUAUUACAGACAAUAGCACACAAUUCCAGCCUAUUUCUUUUCCUUGUUACUAUGACCCAGAAGGACGACAAACUAAUGUUCUCUUGACAAGGUUUGAUUUGUCUAAAGCUGUGUUACAUUCAUCUUUUUGGCCUACUUGUAUAUUUCUUGGUGGAAUUGUAAUUAUUGCCAUGGUAAAACUGACACAGUAUCUGUCUCUGCUUAAUGAACAGUCACAGGUGAGAAAAAAAUGCUAAUUUUCUCCAAAGUUUCUUAAGAAUUUACAUGUCAAAAUGUUACCAGAAAAAGAAUUUAUUUUCUCUGUUACACAUUAUUAAAUACAUUUUACUAGAAUGUCUGUUGAUUAAAUAUGUAAAGUACACUUAAAGUAUUUCCAUAAUUAAAUAAUAAUUUAGAAAUGUAUUACUAAUUUGCACAGUGAUAACUGAAGUCACAGAUACUGAUUAGCAAAACAAGAGAUGUUAAUACGUGAAAAAGAGUCACACUCUUAGAAUGAGCUAAGGUGAAAGCAGUGCCUGCAAACACUGAGUUAAAGCUGAUGUAUUAAACCUAAUAAUUAUC